GGGGCGGCUCCCAAGGGGCGCGCCCCGGCCGCCGGUGGCACCCGCCCCCGCCCCCCGCCCGCCCCGGCCCCGCCGGGGGAAGGUCAGAGAGGAUCGCCGACGAAAGUCGGCCGUGCGCGGGGUGGUCGGCGCCCUCCCCGUCGGGGCUGCAUGUCAGGGCCGAUGUGGCCCCUCAUCCUGGGCGGCCUGGGCCUCGGGGCGCUGGCGGCGCGGCAGGGCAUGCGGGCAGCGCAGAGGUCUGGCCUGAAGGCGCCCGAGGUGAGCAUGCCGAAGUUCGGUGGCUUCAGUUUUGCCAGGGGCUCCGCGAACCAGGGCUUCGAGUCCCCGAUGACCCGCGCGGAGGCGAAGCAGAUCCUGAACUGCUCGGGGAUGAACCCCACCAAGGACGUUCGCUUGGCGGUCUUCCGUUUCCAGCAGCGCUGCUGGCCGUCGGAUUUUCCGCAUGGUCUCAUCCCUCAGCUCUGCGAGCGAUACAGGACUCGAUGACGCCAUCCGCGAGGCCCACAGGAAUCUGCUUGUCGCGAACCACCCAGACAAAGGCGGCUCCACGUACAUCGCGUCCAAGAUCAACGAGGCGAAGGAGGUGAUGCUCGGGAAGAAGAGGAUCGAAUGAGCGUCGGGGGCGAUCGGCCUCAGGCCGCGCCCGGGCCGCGCCUGCCUCGACACCCUUCUCCGCAUCGGGCUGGCCCGCCCCUGCCCCUUGCUCCCCUCCCUCUCUCCUGCAUGCUCUCGCGGCCGUCU